AGAAGCCCCGCCCCUCCUUCGCGCAAGAUGGCGGCGAAGGUGCUUCAGCUGACGCGGAGCCGCUGCCGGGGCUGCCUUCUCGGGGCUCUUCUGGGCGACUGCCUGGGCGGCGACUUCGAGGCGCGGGAGUCGGUCAGCGCGCCCGAGCUGCUCCGCUUCGUUCUUGCCCUGCGGCCGCUGCCAUCGCCGCCUCGGCAAGGCCCGGCUGCGGAGCCCGGCGAGGAGAGCGGCGGCAAGUCUGAGGGCAGCCGUGUCCCGAAAAUCCUCUAUUACAGCGAUGACACAGCCAUGGCCCACUCGCUAGUUAGGUCACUGUUGGCCAAGCGAGAUUUUGAUGAAGUGGAUAUGGCAAAGAGGUUUGCUGAAGAAUAUGACAAGGAUCCUGACCGAUCCUAUGGAGGCGGUGUGGUGACUGUAUUCAAGAAACUGCUUAGUCCUAAAUGCAGAGAUGUGUUUGAGCCAGCAAGGCAGCAGUUUAACGGGAAAGGUUCCUAUGGGAAUGGUGGUGCCAUGAGAGUAGCAGGCAUUUCAUUAGCUUACUCCGACGUUCAAGAUGUAAAGAAGUUUGCUAAACUGAGUGCUGAGCUGACCCACGCAAACUCCUUGGGUUACAACGGAGCCAUCUUGCAAGCUUUGGCAGUCCAUUAUGCUCUCUGCGGGGAGUCAAAUCGGGACAAGUUUUUGGAUCAGCUGAUAGGCCAAAUGGAAGACGUGGAGGCUGAUGACAAGUCUGUGGCUGAUGCACGAAUGCUGGGCUACGAGGACCGUCCCUUUUCAAAGCGUUUAAAGAAGAUCAGAGAGUUUUUGGAACAGGGUACCGUGUCCAGGUCAGACGUGCUACUAGAAUUAGGCAACGGCAUCGAAGCCCUGAAUUCUGUCCCCACUGCAAUCUACUCGUUCCUGCGUUGCAUGGAAUCUCACCCAGAUGUUCCCGAUAGGUACAACUCUCUGCAACGGACCAUUAUGUACUGCAUCUUACUGGGCGGGGACACGGAUACGAUUGCAACCAUGGCAGGAGCCAUUGCAGGGGCAUUUUAUGGGGAAGAGCAGGUGCCCCAAAGUUGGAGAGAGAGCUGUGAAGCCUACGAGGAGACAGAGAAGCUGGCCGAUGGCUUGUACGAACUCUACCACCAGCCAGCUUGAGCCAGGAAUGAGGAUUUGACACCCAGUAACCAGGUCUGUAGUUUUGCAUCAUGUUCCAAAGGAAGCGAAUUGUGUCCACGAUAGGAGAGUCUCUAUUCCUCCAAAGAACUCCCAAUUCUGGGAGUUGAAGUCUACAAGUCUUAAAGCUGCCAAGUUUGAAGACCUCUGCCAUAAGUGAAUGGCUCCCUGCCAAAGGUUUCUGCUGUAGCUGCAUGUUCAGAAGUGCCAAUUCUUUUCAGCCGCAUAGUCACUGUUCACCCAUCCUUUUCUCCUCUUGCUGUUUUGUUUCCUAAUUUUGAAAUGUUUGUAAUAACAUCGUAAUAACAUCUUGGUUACAAUCUUAAAUUCUCUUUAGUUCAUUUUACCGGUGGGUUCUCUCUGCAGCAGAUUGGCUUCAUGACAGUUUCCUCACCCCAGAAGACUUAAGUUUGGACAAAGUCAAAGGACAAGUAUGUAAGUUUGCAGUUCAACCCACUAUUAGAUUGAGAGUCAUCAGGCCGAGCUGCUUCUAUGGGCAAUUGGAACCUGUGUCUUUAAUACCAGAAAUGUAUUAAACGUAAUGCUGGCAUUAAUAAAUUUUACUGUUUUAAAAACUAA